AUGUUCAAACUACCUAGUAGAUUCCCACGAAUUUUCGGUGUUCGCUAUCUCUAUGGGCCAUGGCUUGCGUUGGUAAGAGGCCAGUACCGUCAGCCCUCUUCAUGGGCGCUUCUGAAUCAUCGGAGAUUAUCACCACCUCCUGAAGAGUACCGAGCGGGUGCCAUGAAGCCUCUCCCUAAAUGGGACCACCUUACGAAGCUCGCCGAUCUAAGAAUCAAAUUCACAGGGUUUCCGCUGUCCAAACUCCCACAACGGUGGCAUCGAUGCUUGAGUCAAUUUCUUGGUCCUCGAGGAGGAGCAGAAAAGAACAACCCCAUUCAUCAAUCUCACCACAACCCUCGGGACAAAGAGUAUGUAGUGACGGUGCGUAUUAGGGUAAAUGGAAAGCAGCGAACUUGCCAUGUCUACCGCGACGGCACCGGGACGGCUCAUAAAUAUGACAAGAAGCACUGA